AUGUCGAGUUGUGACCCUCCGUGUAGCUGCAGCCGCGGCCCCAACGUGGAAGAUGGGAAAUGGUAUGGGGUUCGCUCCUAUAUCCAUCUCUUCUAUGAGGACUGUGCGGGAACAGCCCUGAGCGAUGACUUCGAAGGGCCCCCAAUCCUGUGCUCCCGACGACCCUGGCCCUCAUUGUGCUGGAAGAUCAGCUUAUCCUCAGGGACCCUGCUUCUGCUGCUGGGAGUGGCGGCCCUGACCACUGGCUACGCGGUACCCCCCAAGCUGGAGGGCAUCGGCGAGGGCGAGUUCCUGGUGUUGGAUCAGAGAGCAGCUGACUACAACCAGGCUCUGGGCACCUGCCGCCUGGCAGGCACCGUGCUCUGUGCUGCGGCUGGAGUCCUGCUGGCCAGUUGCCUGUUCUGGGCACUGACCAGCUGGCUGAGCCAGAACCCCAAGGCAGAGCAUGUGGACACUGAAGCAGACAGCCAUGUGGAAGUCUUUGGGGGCGAGACAGAGCAGCAGCUGUCCCCCAUGUUCCGUGACGUCAGCAGCCAGUCGUGGCUCUCACCGCCCACAAGUCCCUUUGGGGAAUCCUCGGUGCAGACCAUUCAGCCCAAGCGGGACUCCUGA